UCGUAGAAUAUCUCUGUAGAACGAGGAAUAACAAAUAGUUUUAAGUUAAAAACAUCGUUUUAGGAAAUCGCAAUGAAAUUGCAAUCGGUCAUGGUAAUAAGCUGUGACAAAUCAAAAGGGAUAGAGUACAUUUAGGUUGACUCGAGGGAAAUACCUUGUUAAAUAUGAUAAGCUCUGAUUGCAAUAUAAUCUAAUGAAAGACAAAAUACAUUUAAUUUAAUAAAGAAACUAAGAAUUUUAACUAAGCUAAUCAAGAUAAAUAACAAAAACUUAAUCACUUAUCAACCAAGUUUUUCCUUUUGAAAAUGGCAGCUUGUGCCAGUGUUGCAAAGUGUCGGAUGCCACAUGCCCAUAUGAGAGAGACAGACACUCGCAACACUCACGCAUGCGCGAAGUCGUCGCUUUCGAAACCGAGCCAGAAGACCAAAGAGGCCAGCCAACUCGGGGCUGGGUGGAUUGGUUAGCCACAAUUUCUGAAUCAUAUUCAGUUUUCAGUCGUUGGCCGCUUGUCGAAGUAACAAGUUUUGUAAAUCGCGCAUUCAGACACCAUUCGAGUCGCAAUCGCAUAUGUUAAUCGUUUUUCAGUGUGUGAGUGCGUGAGUGUUUUUGUUCAACUGGGAAAUUGGCAGCUAAACUAAAACGAAGCUAACAUAUAAACGACGUUUCCCCCCAACGAAUUACACACAAUCAAAAUAAAGCGCUGGAAAUAGUUGAGAAAAUGAAUUUUUUCGUUAUUGGAUUUCUGAUCAUGCAGGCGGCAAGAUUGGCUUGCGGGACGUGCGUUUUUAUGUCCGAUUUUGGUUUCACCCUCGAUUGUAACUUCAAAAAGUCUGGACUGUUUCGUGUUCGAAAUUUGGGUGGCGUCAAGGCGCAUUUCGGUUUAGGUCUCAGUGUCGGCGAUGAGUUGGGCUUCAAAGAAUCGCUGGGCAACGUGGAAAGUGAUCGCAGGCGCGCUAUAAGCUACAGGAACGGAGCACCAGAAUUGGUGGGUGUGCUGCCCUCUGCGCGGCAGCAGGAGGCCAGUGCACCAGUGCAGCAUGCUUUGCCGGACAAACGCAUUAGUUCACGCUCCACCGGACCCGGACCCUAUAAUCUGCAGUUGCUGCAGCAGGCGGUGGCCAAGAGUCAAGCCCAGCAGCAGGCACAGCUUAUGACAGAGGCACGCCCACUGCCCUUGGGCGUGCCUGCCUUCCGGCCUAUACCACAAAAGGCCACGGCCAACGAGCCAUUGGCCACGUCGCCGGUGGGCGCCCAGCGUCGCUUAGCCGUGGACACGACGCAGCCACGAGUUAGUGUCAACAACAAACUGGUGGAAAGCCAUGUGAAACCGCACUCCAAUCGCACUUUCCAUGCGGACAAUCCGAUGGUAGCGCAGCCGAUCCUCUCGCAGCCGGUGGCAGUGCCCGUUUUCCAGGCCAUGCCCGAGUCCAUUGCACGCAUUGCCAAUGUGGGCAAGGAGGAUGUGGCGCUGCCGGAGCAGCGCACACUCGCCAAGCAUCCCAAUUACUUGCAGUUCGAGGAGCCCAAGUUUGAUUUGAAGGACGUGACCGUUGAGGAGCUCGCCGCGGCGGCCAAUGUCACAGUCGAGACCAUAAAACAUGCCAUCUAUGUGCGAGAGCAGCAGCUGAAGGCGGAGCAUCGCGCCAUGCUGGCAUCCAAGCUGCGUCAAGAAUUUAUGCGCACAUCCACCGUGAAGACAACAACGACAACGACAACAACAACGACACCAAGGCCCAGGCAACUGGCGGAGCACAAAGUAUCCAAGGUCAUGAAUGCACCCAAGGAGUACUAUCCGGUGGGCUAUGACAAGAACUUCGAUGACAACUUCAAGUCGAAAGUGGAUUUGCCCCCCACGAGCUUCUCCUGCGCCAGGCAAAAGCAUUUUCCGGGCCUCUACGCGGAUACGGACCUGGGCUGCAUGGUUUUUCAUGUGUGUGCUCUUACGGACGACGGCAUGGUGCGUAAGUCGUUCCUGUGCCCGGAGAAUACGCUCUUCGAUCAGACCAUACUGAAGUGCAAUUGGUGGUUCUAUGUCGACUGCAGCUCGAGCACCAGCGUCUACGAUUCGAAUAUACCCAUCUCGAAAAGCUAUCAGCUGAUGAAGUCUCUCACCUAUUUCUCCAAGUACAACAACCAGAAGGGCGACCAAGACGGCGACAAGGAUGAAAAUGCCGUUGACAUUGACACGCUGCGCGAGUCCAUGGAGGGCGUCUCGCGUCGCCUGGAGCAGGCAAAGAAUGCGCAAGCACAACUCGAUGAGGUGGAACAGUCGCCGCAGCCAAAGGCCGAACACGAGCAUGUUGUGCCCGAGGGCGAGAGCCAGCAGCAGUUGUCCAAUUAGGCUAAGACCAUAUUUAGUUGCUAUCUGAGAUCUAGGUUAAGUUAAGUUCAAGAUCGAGCGUCUCUGGUCGAUUUGCCGUACAUAGUCAAUGUCUUGCGAAAGCCAACGGUUGUCUGUAGUCUCUGGCCAAUCAUUAAUCCUCAUUUCCUAUGGCAGCGCCUGGUCCUGGGCGCGCUCCUAGCUGUAGUCCCUACCCCACAUAGCUAUCAUUAAGUGGAUCAUUUCUAGUUUAUUUAACUACGUAAUCUAGUGCAAUUCUAAGUGUUUGUGUGACUUGUGCGGUUAGUUUUACGUUCAUAAUACUAUUUAUUUAUUAUAUUUUUGCGACAAAAUAAAAAAUCGUU